GUUACAACAAGAUUAUGUCUAUGGUUUUAAAAGGAUGUUUGAAUAUUUGGCGGGAUUGCUUGUUAUUUGUUAUUAUCAGAAUGAAUAAUUGGUACAAACUCAUUUGUAAUAAUUGUGAGUUGCAGUUGAGUGGUACAUUAAAUGGAGGACAAAGUUUUAGAUGGAGUAAGCACCUUGAAGAUAACCAAGAAUGUUGGAUUGGUGUAUUCAAAAAGAGAGUUUGGAUAUUGAAACAGAAUGAAACUGAAAUAUUGUACAAAGUUUUCGAAACAAAAUGUGGUUUCGAAAAGAAGGAAAUCGAGGAACGUAACGAACUCUAUAAUAAUAUUCUUAAGGACUAUUUUCAAUUGAACCUGAGCCUACGUGAAUACUAUCAGCAGUGGUCUGAAGCCGAUCCAAUAUUCAAAAAGGCUGCCCAGCAAUUUUACGGAAUUAGAAUACUUAAUCAAGAUGUCACUGAAAACAUAUUUUCUUUCAUAUGUUCUUCAAAUAACAACAUAUCGAGGAUUUCUAGUAUGGUAAAUAAGUUGGCCAAAUUUUAUGGAGACAAAAUAUGUGAAAUCAAUGGAGAAACAUACUACAGUUUUCCAGAUGUAGAAAACCUUACUCAACCAGGUGUAGAAGCAAAACUCAGAGAAAAUGGAUUUGGCUAUAGAGCGAAAUACAUAACUAAAUCUGCUGAAAUGAUAAAAGAGAAAGGUGGUGAGAUGUGGUUGGAAAAGUUGAAGGGGAUGGAUUAUGAGGAAGCGAAAGAAUCUCUGAUGACUCUCACAGGAAUUGGUGCUAAAGUAGCAGAUUGUAUUUGUUUAAUGUCCCUUGGACAUUUAGGUGCAUUACCUGUCGAUACACACGUAUACCAGAUAGCUGCUAAAUUUUAUAUGCCACAUAUUAGAAACAAAAAAACAGUUACCAAAAAAAUGUACGAUGAGAUAGGCGAUCAUUUUAGAAAAUUGUACGGACCACUCGCAGGAUGGGCACAUACGGUACUUUUUUGUGCAGAUUUGAAAAAAUUUCAAGGAGAGUUAUAAACAUAUAUGGAACUCUUAGGGUUGCUACGCCUUCCUUUACUAUACAAGUGAAAAAAAAAUAAAGUAAUAAAUAAAAUUUUAUUAAUCUAA